AUGGUCGCACGCGGCCUGCAGAGCCAGGCCACCCUGCUUGGCCCCGCCCGCUCCAGCCCCGCCAGCUCCAGCCCCGCGCGGGGCCCGCCGCAUCAGGUCAUCGAGGGCGCUUCGGUCAUCGACGCCCGCCGCAAGUCGGGCCCUUCCUCGCCCCCUCUCAUCUCCGUCGCUAGGGAGUUGCAGGUCGAUUCUCAGUCCCCGUCGCCGCAGCCACGCCAGGGUGAACACCCCGCGCAGACGGGGCACGCGCCCACCGAUGGCGACUGGGGCGCGGGUGACGUGUACAUCCGUGAGCUGUUUUCAGAGGCCGAAGACACGGCCGAACGCGCCGUGCAGUGCGACGAGAACGAGGAGUACUUUGAGGCCUUUGAGCUGUACUGGGUAGUCGUCGACCUCUAUUACAAGGUCAUUCCGUUCCUCACUCCGGAGGAAGGCGGCGAUGUGCACGAGCGCAUCAAGAUGUACACGAGGCGUUGCGAGGCUAUUCGCGAAGCUUUCGAGGAUGACCCGGAGGGACAGGAUGAGAUUCAAGUCCGCAUCGCCGAUGCCACCCUCGUGUCGGCCCAGAAGCAGGACCAGAUUCAGGAGAGCUUCAACGCAGGCAUGUGGAAUGCCCAUUUGGGCAUCGCAGAGAAUGUCGAGCAGGACGCAUCAUCGUAUACUUAUGUCCAGGAACGCGCUCCUAAUGAAGAGUCGCCAACGUCUGUGGAGGGAACUGCUUUCCAAUAUGCUGCGCCUGAAAACAGUGGAGCGGCUGAAAAGAGUGCCAUCGCUGAACGUGAGAUGUCUGCACUACAAGCAAACCGAUUCCCCGAUUACUCCAACACCAAGCCUUUGGCGGCUAUACCAGAAGCACCUCGAAACCCGACCGCCGUUUCCCUCUCCGCAUCUACGAAAGCCCACCGCAACAGCUUGAGUCGACCGAUCUCGCGCAGCGCUGUGCGUGCGUCGACGAGUUCCGUCUCCCGUGAGCGUGUCGCUGAGAUGCAAGAAAGGGUACAGGUCAUGCAGGCGUGCUUAAAUAAUUUUACAGUCAAGAGAAAACACUUGGGUCCCGCUCGCGCCUUGGAGCUACACGUGACCACGUUGAAUGCAAACACGUUUGGAGACUUGAAAAAAUUGGCCCCGUUAGCUCCGGAACUUGAGCACAAAUGGGCAACAGAGCUUGAGGUACUUUUGUCUAUGUUACAGGAGAUUAAGGAAGUGCGUCCAGGUGUUGGGUAUGCGCUGAGGGAUGAUAUUUCGCGUCAUCUUCCGGCGUUAGAGAGAUGUGAUCGUAGCGUUCGAAAGACGAUGCGGUCCUUCGGUGCACUCGACGGCCAUGUAUCGUAUGUGGAGCGUGAAACUGCGACGAAUUCAGCCAGAAGUGGAAGGAGUCGACGACGGUGGUGGGUGAAGGUCCCGGUUGUCGUGAAAGGUGGCCUUCCGCCUGAUGUGUUACGAAUUGUAGAAGAGGCAGAACAGGAGAUGCGAGGAGUUUUCAAAGUUUGUCAUGAAAUUAACGUAGAGGUUGUGAAAUCUAUGCCAGUACCGCAAUCAUUUGUCGAGGGGCUUCCGAAGCACGCACGAUCGCUGAUCCAGAAGGAACUGAAGGAAGGCCUGACUACUUGGGGUAUGUUCAAGGUAUCCGACUACAUGAAAGAUCGAAACCUGUGGAACAAGGAUAACGCCAAGGACAUCACGUCAAGCUUAGAAAAAGUGGCCCUCAUCUGGGAAGCGAAGACAUCGAACAAAUCGUUCCUUAGCCGAACGUUUGACAUUCGCGGUGAGCGGUUCCAUCAGGCGAUGACAGCAUUCCGACGCUGUCAGAACGCGAUCAGGGAUCUCCGACGUGAGUGGCCGACCAUGCAACACACGGAUCUGGACAUGGCGAAAAUCCAGCAUAACGAAGACAUUGGGCACGCUGGCCUCGAAGCGUAUUCCCGUGCACUCGAGUCUCGGGCGUAUCGACUUCUGACUCGAAUCCGCGAGCUUCUCGACGCAAACGAGGAGGAAAAUGCACCGAGCGUGUCACCAUCUAGCUUAGGCAACAAGCCGCGCCCGGCAGGCCGCAGCAAGGCGAUUGAGAGAAAGGACAGCCGGGGGCUGCGACAACAUGCGCAAGCGCAAAGCAAUCGGACGCGAGGCUAA